UAGCCAGAGUUCCGGCUCCGGCCUCAGCCGCUUCCUCCGCUACUAUCGCCGCUACUACCGCCUCCGCUGCUGUCGCCGCCGCUGCUGCGGUUUGUUAUUUCUAAAAUGGCGCCGCUGGAUCUGGACAAGUAUGUGGAGAUAGCGCGGCUGUGCAAGUACCUUCCCGAGAACGACCUGAAGCGGCUCUGUGACUAUGUUUGUGACCUUCUCUUGGAAGAGUCGAAUGUUCAGCCAGUAUCAACACCAGUAACAGUGUGUGGGGACAUACAUGGACAGUUUUAUGACCUUUGUGAACUAUUCAGAACUGGAGGUCAGGUUCCUGACACAAACUACAUAUUUAUGGGUGAUUUUGUAGACAGAGGAUACUAUAGUUUGGAGACCUUCACUUACCUUCUUGCACUAAAGGCUAAAUGGCCUGAUCGUAUUACACUUUUACGAGGAAAUCACGAGAGUAGACAGAUAACACAGGUGUACGGAUUUUAUGAUGAGUGCCAAACCAAAUAUGGAAAUGCUAAUGCCUGGAGAUACUGUACCAAAGUUUUUGACAUGCUCACAGUAGCAGCUUUAAUAGAUGAGCAGAUUUUGUGUGUUCAUGGUGGCUUAUCUCCUGAUAUCAAAACACUGGAUCAAAUUCGAACCAUUGAACGGAAUCAAGAGAUUCCUCACAAAGGAGCAUUUUGUGACCUGGUUUGGUCAGAUCCUGAAGAUGUGGAUACUUGGGCCAUUAGUCCCCGAGGGGCAGGUUGGCUUUUUGGAGCAAAAGUCACAAAUGAGUUUGUUCAUAUCAACAACUUAAAACUCAUCUGCAGAGCACACCAGCUUGUGCACGAAGGCUAUAAGUUUAUGUUUGAUGAGAAGCUGGUUACAGUGUGGUCUGCUCCUAAUUACUGCUAUCGCUGUGGAAACAUUGCUUCUAUCAUGGUCUUCAAAGAUGUCAAUACCAGAGAACCAAAGUUAUUUCGGGCAGUUCCAGAUUCAGAACGUGUUAUUCCUCCCAGAACGACGACGCCGUAUUUCCUUUGAGGCCUUCACCAUCCUGCUGGCCCAUUUUUUUGCCCUCUUACCCCAACUUUCUUGUAUUAUCCUCUACAAUAUACUUUUUAUUGAGCACUUUGCUGCUGAAAUGCUGCCUCUUGCCUUUUUUUUUAAUUUUAAAUUAUCUAAAUUUAUUGUUUGUUAUGGUGUCUGUAGCUAUGUUUUCCUAUCAGUUUUGUCACUCAUCCCAUCCCCACCUUGGACUCAUUUGAGAAGACUUGAGAAAUGUCUUAAUACUCACACUGCUGCAUGUAGCUCUUGCUUAUUUACUGGUCUGGGGAGACAGGAUGUUUCCUUUUUUAAAAAGCCAAUUGACAACCACAAUGAAAUACUCCUCCUUUUGUAUCAUUCAGCCUUGUGUUUUAGUUCGGUAAGUUUUAAGAAAUUUCAGCAGCAAAGUUGUUACUCAGUGGGCGCAAUGGACUACAGACGCCUCAAGUUAUGUACUCCUGUCCCAGCUGUCAACCCCACUGUCCUUUGUCGGAUGAUAUUUUAAAAGGAUAUAAAAUAAAUUGGUCUAAAGGGCUGCCCUCCUUGUUGUGUUUUUAAAUUUUAGUUAAAAUCUGCUAUAGCUUAUGACUUUGUACAUGAAAAUAAUUGUAUUGGUCUUUUUUCAGAUUUCUUGUAUUUUUUAAUAAAGUAAUCUUAAAACCCAGAUAGGUUAAGUGUUAGAAAUUUAAGCAGCUUAUAUUGUUUUUCUCCCCUCCUCCCCAUUAGAGUUCUUGACCCUUUGGUUAUUGAGUCUAAAACUUCAAUUGAAAUUCAAUAGUAUUUAUUUUUAAAAGAAAAUCACUGAACUGUGCCUAAAGAACAUAACUGCCAUAUUAAUGUUUUGGUUUAUAUCCUCUAUAGUAAUAGGAAAACAUUUGAUACUUGUAAUGCUGAUGUGUUCAUUUGAUACCAGUUGAAUAGAAUGUGAUUGAUCCAGUUUACAAUCUAUCAUGAAUAUCAUUAAGUGAAAGCAUAUGUAAUUUUCAAUAGGAAUAAUAAUUCUCUUGCUGUAAUGCUCAACCUUAACUUUUACAAAGUGUUCAGUUUUAAACUGCAACUAGAAAGGUUGAAAAAAUCAGGACCCUUGUAUUUGUGAACUGUAUUCUGAAGUGGAUUAUAUAGUAUGUGGAAAGAGGCAGACUGUCCUUUUUUUUGUAAAGGUCUGUGAUACCAUGUUUCAGCUUUGUACAAGUAAUUUGAAUAUCUAAAAUGUGUGAUGAUCAGUUCUUGAUAUGCAACUGUCCACUUAAUAAGGACAAGUGUUCUACUAUCCCUUAAGACUGUGGUCAUAAGUAAUGUUGGAAUAUACCAUUUUGUGAAGUAGUUGGUAUCCUCUUUACUACUAUAAUUCUUUUUUUUGUCAUCCCAGGAAGUUUUGUGUAAAGCCAGCUAAUUAAUAAAGCACUUUAGCAUUUGUUCAGGUAGUUUUAAAAACCAACCUUCCCCUUCAGGAUAAGAACUUCCAGGUUACCUAAAAAUGCAAUAAAAAUCUUUAUAGUCUAAGCUUCUUGGCAAAUAAUUUUUUUCAUCAGGGUUUUCUGUUACAGAAUGAGCACAAUACCAUUUUCAUUUUCCCCAACCACUCAGCUCCUUGUACAGUUUCUGAUUGUAUAGUUCUAUGAAAGAAGCGGCUGAGACAUUUGCUGCAAACACUUGAACUAAUGAUGGGUCAGUAGCUUUGUGUGACUGCCCUAACCCCAGUGUAAUUCAGGUGGAAAGGUAUUUUUAUCUUACAGGAAUAAGUUGCUAUGUAUUUUACUAAUUGUGAAACACUGGAAUUAAUGAUGCAGACAACUUGGUGUGGUCUUGGAAUAGCUCUCUGCAGUAUUUCUUUUUCCUGUUACCAUAAAUUGUAUUUCACUACUUUAUUACAAGUUGUACCAAUAAAAUUGAUAUUCCUCAGUCCUCCAUUUCCAUUUAACACUCCUUAGCUUAGGUAAUGUAGUUGUUUCCAUUCUCCCUGUAAUGUGACUUUCAAUUUUAAGUCAUGGUGUAUUGCAUUUGUGUUUCACUAGCUGGGCAUGUGCCAAUAAUACUCUGUCCAUAACUGCCAUCUCUGUUUCACCUGUGUUUUCUUUAAUUGGAUAAUGGCUUUUUGCAUGGGAAAAUAGUUUUUACUAUUAGACAUGUUAAGAGAAGAGAGAGUGAAUGUAUUGGACUUUGUAAGCCUAAAAGAAAUAUUUGGAUCCCUCUAAUAAAUAAGGGCUAUAUAUUAUAUAGAGUAAUUGUGUGGUGGGAGGUAACUUGCAAGUCAUAGAUUUGUAGGCAAGGGAAUCUGUUACGCAUUGUUUCUAGGCUGAAUGUAAAAUCCCUUAUAUUGUACUGAUGGGGCUAAGAACUAUUUUUAUUUGCCUAUGAUAUACUUGGUUUCUAAUAAAAUGUCCCAGGCUCUAGUGA